UUUAUCAGUAAUUGGGUUGAUAAUACUUUGAUAAUACGGUAUAUGACCAUAUAUGUUAUCUCUGCAACUUGAGAUAUAUGUUUACUUCAACAAUAACAUUAACUACUUUACGAACAUAUCAUUAGUAUUCAUGACAUUUUUCGCAUAUACACAAUACAUGCAACGUUGAAGUAAUUUAUGGAUAACAUUAAAAUAUUGAUUGUUUAACAUUGUAAAAGCCUAAAGAAAAAAUGCAUUGUAUAUAGUUACUAAAAUUUCGCGAAAACUAAAUGUUAAUUUUAUUUGCGCUUAUAAGAUUCUUUAAAGAAUCAAAAUAACUGUAAUGAAAUGUCGGCAAGGUGUUUCAAGUGUUGUGGAAAUAACGAGGACGUAAGCAGCCAUCGCCUUGGAGACGUGGGCGAGCAGAGUCCAUUAAUAGUACCUCCUGAAAGACAGCAUUUUCAUUUACCAAGGAAAGACUACGAGAGUCUCGACUACGAUAUAUGUUUUAAUAAACCAUUCGAGGACUACUUGGUGGCACAAACUAAAGAACAUUCAUUAAGCAAGAUAGAGAUUAUCAAAUGGAUAAUAACCUUCCUGAUCGGUGUUUCCACAGGACUUGUUGCAUUUUUCAUAGAUACAAUAGUGAAACAAUUGUCGAAGCUCAAGUUUACGACAGUGGACCACUCUAUACAAAUAUGCUCGGAGGACGGUUGUCUGGCUGUUUCAUUAUUGAUAAUGGUGUUGUUCAAUGCUGGAUUCGUGUUCAUUGCAACUUGCCUGACAGUAUAUGAGCCUGUAGCUGCGGGAUCAGGUAUUCCGGAAAUAAAGUGCUAUUUGAACGGUGUUAGAAUUCCACGAGUAGCAAGGUUGAAAUCUCUGAUCGCCAAAGCAGUUGGAGUGUUGUUCAGCGUUGCUGGAGGACUGUUCGUUGGAAAGGAAGGUCCAAUGAUUCACAGUGGUGCUAUAAUUGGUGCCGGUAUACCUCAGUUUCAGAGCAUUACGUUUAAGAAAGUGAAAUCAAAGUUUGAUUUCUUUAGAACAGACAGAGACAAACGAGAUUUUGUUUCCGGAGGAGCUGCGGCUGGGGUGGCAGCUGCGUUCGGUGCUCCCAUUGGAGGUGUGCUCUUCAGUCUGGAGGAAGGAUGUUCUUUCUGGAACCAGAAGCUGACCUGGAGAACGUUCUUUUGUUCUAUGUCGGCUACAUUUACAUUAAACUUCUUCCAAAGUGGUUUGGACUACAGUGCAUGGGGUUCAUUUUAUUCACCAGGGCUCAUAAAUUUUGGAGUAUUUCAGUGUUCAAAUGAAGACAAAACUAAUGGAACUUGUCGACUAUGGACUGCUAUUGAUCUGUUUAUAUUCAUUCUCAUGGGUAUCAUUGGAGGUUUGCUCGGAGCACUGUUCAAUCAUCUCAAUAAAUAUCUCACCAUUUAUAGAAUGAAACACGUGGUCACAAACAUUAUAGGACAAAGUAAGUACUAUAUGACAUUCAAGAUAUUUGAAUCAUUACUUGUUGCUAUGGUAACAACAACAGUUGCAUUUUUGGCAGCCAUGACGUUGGGAAACUGUAAACCUAUUCCUGCUGUGCUUAUCAACAUGACAGCACCAAUUGAGGACAAUGUUCGAACUUAUUUUUGUAAGGAAGGAUACUACAAUGAUAUGGCAACAUUGUUUUUCAAUUCACAAGAGGAAGCCAUUAAGCAAUUAUUUCACCAACAAGGUCAGUUCAGUUUAAGAAGUCUUGGAAUUUUCUUCGUCUGUUUCUUCCUUCUGGCUUGUUGGACAUACGGUACAGCAGUACCUAGUGGAUUGUUUGUACCAUGUUUAUUGUGCGGGGCGGCAUAUGGAAGAUUUGUUUCCACACUUCUAGUUAAUGUAAUAGGUUACGACAGAGGCAUAUAUUCGGGGACAUUUUCGUUGAUUGGAGCGGCAUCGUUUCUCGGUGGUGUGGUCAGAAUGACAAUCAGUUUGACAGUCAUUCUUAUAGAAUCGACGAACGAGAUUAGCUACGGUCUCCCACUGAUGCUCACUCUUAUGGUAGCAAAAUGGUCGGGUGAUUUCUUUAACGACGGUCUGUACGACAUACAUAUACAUCUAAAGGGAGUUCCACUUCUAGAAUGGGAUACACCGUCUGGUAUGCAUCGAUUACUGGCAAAGAAUGUAAUGAGUAGUGAUAUUCAUUUUAUUUUCCCGCGGACAAGGGUAGCCGUGUUGCAAGGCAUUCUGAAAACAACAGCACAUAAUGCAUAUCCUGUAGUGAGCAUCGUAAACAGGGAAGAUAUAGGGGAUAUCAGCGUGAAUAACGAUCUAACCAGUAAAACAGAUUUGGAUCCUACUCACAUAGAACAAAGUGGAAGGUCAAGAAUUCUAAAGUUUGAAGGGAUAAUACUAAGGUCUCAGCUGAAUGUGCUACUAAAGAACAAAGUGUACUAUCAAGAAACAGUUAAAGCGAGUAACCAACCUACAAUCAGCUACAACAAACUAACAGAGGAUUACCCUAGGUAUCCAGAUAUAGUUGAUAUCAGAAACAGCGACAUUUCUGAUACUCAGUAUAUUAUUGAUGUUCGACCUUAUAUGAACCCUACACCUUACACUGUGUAUCCGGAUACGCCAGUGCCUCAAGUGUUUAACUUAUUUAGAAGCAUGGGACUCCGUCAUCUGCCUGUAGUUGAUCAUUACGGACAGAUUCAAGGCAUUAUCACAAGACAUAAUCUAACUCAUGAAUUCCUCGAGGAACGUCAGACGGAGCUGAAUGAAAUGGAAGAUUUAAAUGUCUUUGAUAGAACCAGGACAUCCUAACUUAUUCAUGUCCUGAUCUUAUUAAUGGAAUACCGUACCACAUACAUAUGCAAUGUUUAUGGAGUACGAAUAUAAUACCAAUACGUGCAACUUUAGUUAUUUAUUUGAAUAUGAAUGCAGCGAUUAUUUACCGUGAAAUGAAUAAAAAGAUUUAUGAACCA